AUGAAAUCUAAGCAUAAUUCUUCAGGAAACAGAACAAGAAGCAUGAUAUCUAUAUUCGUUCUUAUUGCUCUGUGUUGUUUCUUCUACCUUCUUGGAACAUGGCAAAAGCGUGGUUUUGGAAAAGGAGAUAGCAUAGCAUUUCCAGUAACCAAGCAGACAGAUUGCAGCAAUGUCUUUACUAAUUUGAACUUUGAAACACAUCACAAUAUUGAGGAGAUAGUUGAACCCUCUGAACCUAAAGCCAAAGAGUUCAAGCCUUGUGAUGUUAAGUAUGCUGAUUAUACUCCUUGUCAAGAGCAAGACCGAGCAAUGAAAUUCCCGAGGGAAAAUAUGAUAUACAGGGAAAGGCAUUGUCCACCAGAAGAGGAAAAAUUGCAUAUUCUUAUUCCAGCACGGAAAGGAUAUGACUCCUUUUCCCUGGCCUAA